GGGUCGCGGAUUGGUGGGAUAGGACCAGUCGAGUUCAGUUUGUGAUCCUUAUAGGAGGUUGUUGUUGUUAUUGUUGUUGUUGUUGUUAUUUUUUUUUUUUUUAAAUUUAUUUAUUAUUAAUACGUCUACACAUAUAUCGGUAUCCUGUUCCUCACCGGGGAUAUAUAAUAAUAAUAAUACACAACUAUAAAUAUGGCAGAAAGUAAGGGUGCGUUGAUCGCGAAAACAGUGCAAAAACACGCUGGCAGAGCCAAGGAAAAGUUUCUUCAAAAUUUGGGAAAGGUAGACCGGACAGCUGACGACAUCUUCGAUGAACAUUUACAAAACUUCACAAGACAGCAGAAUGCGGCCAACAGGCUUCAAAAAGAGUUCAACAAUUACAUUAGGUGUAUCAGAGCGGUACAGGCGGCUUCAAAAACGCUCAUGGAUUCCUUGAAUGAAAUCUAUGAGAGCCAGUGGACCGGACACGAUCUUCUGUACGUUCAGGCACAGAAUAUGGACAUGCUGUGGCAGGAUUUUACUCAUAAAUUGGCCGAUCAAGUCCUUGUCCCCCUCAACACAUACCAAAGCCAGUUUCCUGAGAUGAGGAAAAAAAUAGACAAGAGAGGACGUAAGCUUGUCGACUACGAUGGACAGAGACAUAGCUUCCAGUCGUUACAAGGCAAUCCGAAGAAACGGGACGAGCUUAAAGUUUCGCGAGGCAAAGAACAAUUGGAUGAAGCUAAACGAACUUACGAACAGCUGAAUUCAGAACUUCAUGACGAAUUGCCUGCGCUAUACGACUCCCGUGUUCUUUUCUUGGUUACUAAUCUGCAGACUCUUUUCGCCGCCGAGCAAGUAUUUCAUGCUGAGACAGCCAAGGUCUAUUCUGAGCUUGAAGCAAUAGUAGACAAAUUAGCCAACGAAAGUCAGCGAGGAUCUUAUACAUUGAAGAAAAACUCUGAGUCGCAAUCGCCAAAAUCGCCAAACGCUAAUUCGUCAUUGAUAAUCAACACGCAACCAGCGCAGAAUAAUAUAUCAGCAGUAUUGGGCGAGACGACUGUCGCUGCUGGAGAUACUUCACCUACUACUCAAAUAAACGGCAAUGCUAACAGCAACGCUAACAGCAAUGCUAACUCCUUAAAUAACAAAGAUGGCCCUCCUGAAAGCCCGCCAAUCAAGCCUGUCCAACCAGUUGAGGAGUUAUAUGAUAUCCCAAUUGACGUGGAAUAUCAAAAUGGUACCAAUUUAUCUAUAGGGGCGACAACAGACAACUUGCCACCCGGUGUUUUGUACAGGGUGAAAGCAACUUACAAGUACACGCGUGAAGAUGUGGACGAAUUGUCGUUCGACGUUGGGGAGAUCAUUCGUGUUAUCGAGUAUGAAGACCCCGAGGAACAGGAGGAAGGGUGGUUAAUGGGUGUGAAGGAAGGAUCUACUGAGAAGGGCAUGUUCCCAGCAAACUUCACAAAACCACUGUGAGGGCGGUAGGACUACCCAUUUUACCACUGCAACGCUCAUGAAAACAGCCUAUUCUACUGUAAACUAGUUGAAGAAGAAGAGGAAAAAGAAAAGUAGAAGAGUAGAAGAAGUAGAAGAAGAAAAUGAAGACGAAGAAAGAAAAGUAAAAAUCGAACCGUCAACUGGAGGUGUAAUUUCAAAUUUUUGUGAAAAAAUCAAGUUGAGGUGAUAGAGAGAGAAGAUAACGACGUGGUAAUGCUGGUGGGCUCUGCGGAAUAUCAAUCGACCCAAAGUGCCUUAACCCAGCUAUUGUCUGUGCCAACCAACAUUCACUGCUCGUAGUAAUGUGUUUUUUUUUCUGUUUCUGUUUCUUUCAAUUCGACCAUUGAACGCUAUCACUAAUAAUAAUCAAAUCAGAUAUUUAAUUAAUUAAAUAAUAACAAUAAUGAUGAUGAUGAUGAUGAUGAUGAUGAUGAUGAUGAUGAUAAUAAUAAUAAUACAAUACAAUACAACUACACGCAAUAUUAUAAUACAAAGAAAAAAUUUAUCUUUAUUAAAUUAAUUAUUAUUAUUUUAUUAAAUUGUACAUAGAAUUUAUAAAUCUUAAGGCUAUUGAACGAACCAACUUUAUUGUGGGGCUUGGAAAGAAAUCGUCGGUAAAACAAUUUUGUAAUGGUCAUAUUUUUGAAAUCGUAUAGAAUCUUCUUUUGAAUCUCAACUCUGUCAGUGGUGCAGGAUAUUGCCAAAUUUUACGGUCCAAUCAUUCUUCUUGAAAUCAAAGAUAACGAUUAUACAUACAUUUGUUAUAUUUUUACCAACUUGAGACUUAUGUACAUACAAAUAGAUCCCAGCACGGAGACGUCGAUUUUAUCGAUAAAUUGACCAAUGAAGUAUUUGCGUCGGACUGCGAAAAGCAAUUCUUCCAUUACCAUCUUAGUUAUUUGCUGUUUGCUAUAACGCAUUUUCGUUUUUAUGUUUUUACGUUUGAUCAUUUUAUCCAUAUGUAUUAUAUGAAUCUAUCUCAAAGACACAUUUUAGUCAGACAUAAGAAGGCACUUUUCAACUCCCAAAGGGAUCUAUUGAGUAUUCGUAUACAUAUAUUUCGUUAGCAUUUUACUAUGAAUUACAUACCCGAUGUACGUAUGUGUAUAUAUAUACAUAUAUGUAAACAUAUAUACAUACACGCAAACACACACACUUCUAUCAUAGAAAUAUAUCUCUUUAUACAAUUUAGCAGAAAUAAUCGAAGAUUUGUUGCAAUGAAGAGAAAAGGGAAGAAAAAAAUUAUUUCUGCCGAUAUAGAGUUAUUCACGUAGCCGAUAGAACAAAAUAUGAUAAUAAUAAUAAUGGUCCAACUUUUCAAACCUUCUUCUUCUAACGUCGGUGAAUACUCAUCAUUAAUAUUGUCGAUCUGCCGAAUCAUCAAUAAAAUCCGUGUAAUAAAUCAUAACGAUAAUAGUAAUAUAUAUACAAUAUCAUAUAAACAUGAGAAUAAUCUUAGGAUACUGCUUAUAUCAGCUUCGGCGUAGCUGCGUGUCGUUUUAUUUUAUUAAGUUGAUCUGAAGAAACUGCAUAUAUACAUAUAAGGAAGUUGGAUUGUUCUUUUAUAAAUUAAAACAAAAAUAAAAUAAAACUGUUUAUAGUUAUAGGAUUGGUCCAUUGUGACACUGCAACAAUCACUUUAAAAUCCCUUAUCGUAUACGGUUUUGAAAUCGCGCUACGUUUUUGAAAACGCUGAAUCUCAUGCAGACACAUUGGCCGUUCUGUCGUUUAAUUCAAACUCUGAUGUCGAAUCUCCAUUAUUUCUUGUUCUGGAUAACUUUAACCUUCCUCAGUUGAAUUUCUUAGUACCACAACAAAUAAGAAAAUGAUAAGUCAGCUACACUGGGUUUGACUUAAAUUAGAAUCUUCUACUUCUCUGCUCCUACUCCCAUUUUGCCAGAAAGAAAUCUUCCGACGAUCAAGUAAUUCAAUAUUUACCUUAUCGCUGUUGUAAUAUACAGUGAUAGUGUAUCAGUCCAUGAUUUGCAUUUAAUAGAAUUUAAAGUUUCUAAUAAAUUAACACUAAUGCGGUUAAUGUGCCUGGUUGUUAUGUGGCGAUCAAGACCUCUGGAAUACAUACAUACAUACAUACAUACACACAUACAUACAUGGACACAUACAAAAAUUGCUGAUUACGAGUUACCUUUGUCUCUGUUGCGUCUAGUGUAGCAAUGGAACAAUCCUCAUUGUUAUGUCAUUUGUCAUUUUUAUGUCAUGUUGUUUAAUUUUACUCUGAAGCCAUAAGUCAUAUCUUCAUAACCUUAUGAUAAAAAUAACAUUAUAACAAUAAUUAUAACGUC